GUUUGCGGUAUACCUCCAAUGUUACAUCGCUCAUUGUAAACGGUGUUCCAGCCUAUAAUGUCACGGAAUUUCCAUGGCAUGCCACAUUGUACCUCGAUGUACAAGGCAAGUCAAAGGAAUUCUUUUGAGCAUCAAUCAUUCAAGAGAAUCUCUUGAUAACAGCAGCUCAUUGCAUAUAUGAAGAAUAUAAUGGACAAGUGAUUAAUCCCAAGAAGAUUUACGUAGCAACGGGAAACAUUUUCCUUGAUUAUAAAUCUAUUUAUCACAAUAUGUUCAAAAAAAUCAGGUGAAACAUAUUUACAUUGUAUGUAAUUAUCUAGGCCUUUCAGGAAAUUAUAUCAAGGAUAUCGCAAUAUUAGAACUCAUGCAACCAUUUGUAUUGUCAUCUACGUUAAUUCCUAUUCAAAAUACUUUAUACAAGAUGGGUGUGAAGGAUUUAUGGAAUAUUUUAUCGCCUUUAUGCGAAAGAAAACCGUUAUAUGAAUUACAAGGAAAGACUAUUGCGAUUGAUUUAAGUGGAUGGGUCGUUGAUAGUCAGACGAUCGUUGACAAUGCAGUACAACCAAAGAUGUAUCUCAGGAAUCUAUACUUUCGUACAGCAUUUCUUCUUAUGCAAGGAAUAUCUCCAGUAUUUGUAUUGGAAGGAAAGGCUCCUACUCUAAAACAUAAAACUAUUGCACGAAGGAAUGAUGUUCGUAGUGGAUUUCAGGAAAGGAAGGAGGCUGCUAAAAAAGGAGGGAGAACACAGUUUAAUCGAGUUUUAAAUGAAUGUAAAGAAAUGCUAAAAUUUAUGGGUAUUGCUUGUGUACAGAGCUAUGGUGAAGCAGAAGCUAUGUGUGCAUAUUUGAAUGAGAAUGGGCUUGUAGAUGGAUGUGUAAGUCAAGACAGUGAUUGCUUCUUAUAUGGUGCAAAAAUAGUAUAUAGAAAUUUUUGUACAAGUAAAGGAAACAAUGGAGCUACUGCAGGUUCUAUAGAUGUCUACAAUAUGGAAAAGAUAGAAAAGACAUUAAACAUAGGACGAAAUAAAAUGAUAGUAUUGGCUUUAUUGUGUGGUUGUGAUUAUAGCGAAGGAGUGAAUGGUGUUGGAAAGGAGGCUGCGUUAAAAUUUUUCAAGACUGUAGAUGAUGAAAAUGUUUUACAAAGGAUUCAAAAUUGGAAAACUGACACAAGUUUAGAUAGAAUUGAAUCAGAUUUAUUAAAUCCUAAUUUAUGUACAUCAUGUGGUCAUCAAGGUAAACUACAAAAACAUAACAAAUCAGGUUGUGAUGAUUGUGGUACUGUUGAAAAAUGUAAUGAUAAUUUCAGAGAAAAGAGAGCACUAAUGUUAAAUGAAAUAUCAUUGAGAAGAAAAAUACUCCAUGAUAAAAAUUUCCCUAAUCAAGAGUUAAUAGAAGAAUUUCUUAACAAAAAAGAUCUGAUUUCAUCUAAAUUGGAUAUAGGUUGGAAGCAACCCCAAGUCUAUCAAUUUAUUGAUUUUAUGGAGAAACAUUUAUGUUGGGAACCACAAUAUGCAUUUGAAAAAAUAUUCACAUUAACUACUAGAUGGCAACUUUUACAUCUGUCAGAUUUUACACCUGCUGAACGUUUGUCUAUGUCAAAUUUAUUUAUUCCUGAUCAAAUAAAAAAGAUACGUAAUAUCAGAUCUAUAGCCAGUUAUGAAAUUAUUUGGAAGAAAGAACAUAGUGUAAUAGAAAUGUUGAAAGAGUACAAAGAACAAAUAGAGCUAAAUGAUAAUGAUAUAGAAGGCAUUUUACUAACAACUAUUGAGCCACAAGACUUGGUUUUAAAAUGUUAUCCAGAAUUAGUUGAAAUAUUUGAAAAUACUAGAAACGUAAAAACGAAGAAACGAACUACUAAUUCUCGCAGAAAAAAGGUUACUACAAAUAUAGAAGAAAAUAACAUUGAAAUAACAAAUAUCGCAAAAUCAAGACAAAAGAAAGCAAAAAAGAAAACAUUAGGAAGCAAAAAUAAUAGAAAGAUUGAAGAUUUUAUAUCUAGAAAUCAUUCUAUGUCGUUAGAAGAAUCCUUUGAGGACAUGGCAAUAACACCAAAAAGAUCAAAGCAGAAAAAUGCUUUGAGUAACAUAAAUAAAUUAAAGAAUGUAUCUGAAAAUGUUGCAAUGGACAUAAAACAAGUAAAACGUGGGCCACAGUUUAAAAAAAUUUUGGAAAUGGAUAAGAUAGAUUCAAAAUUGAAUAAUACGAUUGAUAGGAUAUUUAAUGAACUUUCUCCUAAUGAUUUUAUGAGUGAGAAUGAAGACAAUGAUUUAAAUGUGACAAACAUAAUAGAUAACAUAUGUGGCAAACAAAUUUUUCAAUUUAGCGUAAAAAAUUGGCAGUCCAUUGAAUCUACUAAUCAAGGAAAUGCGGAAAAUUUUCUAGAAAAUAAAAUUGAUGAAUGCAUGAUACAGAAGGAAGAAUAUAUUUAUGCCGAAAAUGAAAAACAGAAAUUAGAUAAUUCUGAUGAUGAAUUUGGAGAUAUAAGUGAAUUGUAUAUCCCAAUUAAUCGAAGGAUACAGGAAAAGGUAAAAGUAAGUAAGGAAAGCAAGGAGGUAUGCAAUCAAAUAAAAAAAUGUAGUUGUGCUUUUGAAAAUGUUAUGGACGAAACUGAUAAUGAAAGUAUACAUUUAGACACGUGAUACUAUAUAAAAUACUAUUUUUAAAAACUGUAAUUACUAAAUGUAAUGGAAAGUUUUAUCAUAUAUGAAGUUUUACAAUAUAAUUCAGUUUUAUAUUAUAUUUGUCAAAUUCAGGUUUUUAAAAUAAGAUGUAUGAUAAAAAAAUCAAUGUUAUAAUACAUGAUAGUGGC